UUAGUAGUAAAAUUUAGUUCCACGGCAGACGGGAGGCUCGGAUUUAAAAAAUAUGCCAGAAACACAUGAAUGCUAGGCUAGGAUGAAAAAGGUUAGGGAAAGAAGUUGCUUGUACCCUAACAAUAAGAAAAAGCUAAAUAAUCUACAAAACCGUAACUAUUCGUGAAUCCAUCAGAGCUGAGGUUGCAGAGUAACCAAACAGCUUAAAAUCCAGGGAAAGACAGGCACCUCAACUGGCUCACCUGCAGCAAAUCAUGGAAAAAAAAUAGAUGACAAACAUGAUACAAGUGGGUAAGCGAAUUCAGCUAAGAUUUUUCACCAAUUGCUAAAGGCUAAGGGUGAGUAAGGGUUGAGUAUACCUAAUCCAAAAAUCCCAAAUCCAAAAUGCUGUGAAAUUCACGACUUUUUGAGCACUAACAUGAUACUCAAAGGAAAGGCUCACUGGAGUAUUUAGGAUUUUGGAUUUUCAAAUUAGGGAUGCUCAACCAGUAAACAAAUAUUCCAAAAGCCCAAAUCCGAAAUCAAAAACACUUCUCCCAAGCAAUUCAGAAAAGGGAUACUCAAGCUGUAGGGAGCACCUGGAAGCCACUGACACAAAGAAAUUCACAGCCACUCACAUGGGCUUCCCCACAGACCUCCAUUAGAUGCUCACGAGUAAGAAUGUGAGCAAGGUGGUUGGUGCAGGCCUGGAAGAGGGGAGUGGCUGCUACUGUGUGGGGAAAGUGGGACACAAAGCCUCACCUGAACCCUUCUUCCCUGUGGAACAAAAGCCUGAAACAAAAGGGCGGCAAAUUCUGUCAACCCUAGGACACAGAGGAAGACUACUACAGCUAGGGAAAGGGAAAUAAAAAACAACCAUUACCACUGGGGGACAGGUAAGAAACCAUCCAGGCUUCAGAACAUUAGAGGUCUCCUACAGCUAGAAGAGAGACAGAAUCAGUGAGAAAGCCCUUCCUCCAAAACCCAGGGACAAAGGGCCUGCCUAAGACUGAGGCUUGACCUAGGUGACAGAAAACUCGCACGUACCACUACCAAUCUAUAAAGUACCAGCAACCUACUUCUGAGGGAAGGGACAAAAUCAAAAAGAGCAACACUCUCUGAGGCAUAAGCACACAACACACCAAAAGCUGAGGGUAGAGGUGGAAUAUUAAGAAAACCCGAAAGUGGCGGCCGGCAAAGAAGAGACAAGGACACUGCGGCAUGACGCCAUGCCUUUCUUCGAUAUACAGAAAAGGCUGGGCCUUAACUUAGAUCGUACGAUGACAAUCCAAAGUGGUGAACAGCCCCUCAAGUUGCCUGCUCGAUGCCAUGCUUUUGAAAAAGAAUGGAUAGAAUGUGCACAUGGAAUUGGUGCUGUCCGGGCACAGAAAGAGUGCAAGAUAGAGCAUGAUGAUCUCGUUGAAUGUCUACUUCGGCAAAAAACAAUAAAACGUAUGUGUACCAUCCAGAAGCAGCGGGAUAAGCUAAUAAAGGAAGGGAAGUACACCCCUCCACCUCACCACAUGGGCAAGGAGGUGCCUAGGCCCUGAACAGAGCGGUAACUGAUGGCUGGAGGCUGAUUUUCAUGUUCUCCAAUCUUCACUGGAAAGAUGAUUUACUGAAAACCCCUUUGUCAAAUGUGUAAAAAUAAAGGAUUGCUCCAAAAAAAAAAAAA